ACCCUGUAAGCCCCUAAGGGAAUCCCCUUUUCUAUUUUUUAUCGUCAUUGCUGCGGUAAGCCACUGCGAUAAGCCCUUCUUCUGAUGCAAUGUUUUGAGUUGUUCUAUCCCAUUCGUUCACAAUAAAAGAGAGCGGCAUAAUAGCCGUCUGUUCAGUUUCAUUCGGUACAAGCAUAGUCGUCGGUCCCUAGCUCACCAUGGACGGUUCUAAAAUCGCCUUGUGUUUUGUGCUAAUUUCAUUAUAUACCGCAAAAGUCCAGUGUAUCAAUGGUACAGCAUCAUCGCUUACCGGCUUUGGCUUCGAAGUGUUAGUAGCCAAACUUGAGCACCUGCAGGACAAGCUUCUCGAGACUGAGCAGAAGCUAUCCAAAGCCAUCAAUCAGCAGGAUCGCACGAUCGAGCGUCAGCUAGCCGCACUGCAGGCGCAGUCGCACAAGACGCUCUCCCUGCAGACAGCCUGGGCACAACAAGGGAAGUUGUGGAACGAUAUUCAAGCCCUAUCAUCAAAGGAAGAUAUAGCACGGUUUAAGCUUAGCUCAGGGCUAGAGCUGGCCAGCAUCUCGUCGCGAUCGUGCAAGGCGGCUGGGCAGGAGCAGUCGGGCAAAUUCUUAAUACAGCCUACGGCGCAUGAUGAACCAUUCUUGGGAUAUUGUGUUCAACAGUCCAAUUUCGGAGGAGGUUGGUUAGUUAUCCAACACCGUAACACGGACGAACGAAUGAACUUUAACCGCAACUGGAGCGAGUAUCGGAACGGGUUUGGAAGAGUUGAUGGUGAGUUCUGGUUUGGGCUGGAGCAUUUGCAUCGGUUGACUUCGGCCAGACAGUACGAGCUGUUGGUGGAGCUGAAAUAUGCUUUAGGAAACUCCGAGCAUGCACGGUAUAGUGCGUUCGAGAUCGGCAGUGAGGUGGAGCAGUAUUCGUUGAAGAAGCUUGGGCAUUACACAGGAACGGCGCACGACUUGAUGAGCAGUCAAGUGAGCAAGAAGUUUACGACGAGGGAUCGAAACAAUGGUACAACAAGGGAUGGUGACUGUGAAGGAGGAUGGUGGAUGAACCCUUGUACGCCUGCAAAUAUAAAUGGACUCCGCAACAAACGUUUCGCCCUUUUGUUAAGCAAAUUAUUGGUAUUCACGAGAAUGAUGAUUCGUGAAGUUUAGUGACCUAAGAAACCAUUAAUUGUAGGAAAUAAUUCUUUAAUGUUUUUUACGCAAAUAUUUAACGUCUAUUUCAAGUUUCCCGUCCCUCGUUGAAGAUUUCAACAUACACCGUACAUUGUUAUCCUUCCUGUAAAACUGGGCACCAAUAAAUUGUUUCCAUCUGUGAAUACUGUUUCCACGGACACUCUGUGUACGCACGGUAUAAUGCGUUCGAGAUCGGCAGUGAGGUGUAGCAGUUUUUGUAAAAGAAGCUUGUGCAUUACACAGGAACGGUAGACGACUCAAUGAAUAGCCUAAUUAAGAUGGGUCACAAAAAAAGUACAUAGCAAAAUCAAGAUUAUUAUCACAGUUCAUUUAGUAGCCAUUUAGUAGACCAGCGAUAAAAGAGCACUGUGCAUUGCGUCUCCUAACCGAGAGAGGCUCAAGGCACGCGAGAAGACGGCACCGCGCAGCAUACGGAGGAAGAUCAUUCUUUCCUGGCAGGUCUGUCACAACUAAUUUAACUGAAUUCGUUUCUUUUUGCUCGCGUACUAUGGACACAGGUGCUCAAAGACGCGUAUGAUAGAGUAGAUCAUCGGUUCCUGUUAACCAAAGAGAGUAAAUUAGGUCGGAUCCCCUUAUUGUCUGGCUCAGAUCUUACCUCGUAGGCUGCACAUAUCGAGUCAAAAUUAACCACAAAACUCCGUCGCUUAUCAGUUGUCAUUCCGGAGUACCACAGGGAAGCAACCUUGGCCUUUGGGGUGUUUCCCGAUAGCUCUUUUCUUUUAUACGCGGUUGAUGUGAGGCUUUUUAGUAGAGUGACGACAGUAUUAGAUUACAGGAUAUAAUCCACUCAUUCUGUGUAUGGUGUGCGACCAAUUACAACGUUGUGAGGGAUCUGGGCGUUGAACUAGACGAAAAACUCACCUUCAGGACACAUAUUGCGAACAUUAUUGAAAGAGCAAACAAAAUGUUAGGUUUCGUUAUCCGAAAAUCUACUGAAGUUAGAGAUCCUUUGUGUUUAAAGUCAUUGUAACUGUCUAGUCAGAUAUAUCCUUGAGUUUAGCUGUGUAGUGUGGUGUAGAAUUGAAUCUGUGCAACGUAGAUUUUCUAGAGUUGCGGUUCGUUGCCAUGCCCUUGGAGGGGAAAAUUUAAUAUGCCUGACACGCGAUGUUUGCUGCUUGGGUUACAAUCUCUCGAACAUCGCGGAAAAGUUGCACAAAGUGUGUUCAUAGCCAAGCUGCUGAAACAUGAGAUAGACGCGCCUGAGCUUGACAACGUACAUCCUUGUAAAAUGAGUAAAGGAUAACUUUAGCCUCAUACAACGACCCUCUAUUGACAAUGUGCAGACAGUUCAAUUCUCAUUUCGAAUCAUUUGACUUCCAUUUGUCUACGCAGAGCAUCUAAAACUAGGAUAUUACAUACGUACGCACUCGGUAAUAGGCAUGAUUAGUUUUAACAUAUAUAAUUUAAGUCGCAAGGGUCAUAGUUUAUGUAGCACCAGUCCCUAAAAUUGUCAAAUAAAUAAAUAAAUACAAUUAUUGCGAUCCUGCCAGGUGAGUAGGCGUAAGGCAUAUCGCGUGAGCAUUCGUUGAAUCGCCUGAAGUCGAGCAAUGGAAGAAGCAGUAAUCGGGCUCCAGGCUACGCACGAAUAUUCCAGAACCGAACGAACGAUACUGUGGCAGACAGCCUUAAUGCACAUCUACUUCUUC